AUGAAGGAAUCGAACGUCGAUCUUUUCGAUCCACGGGCGGUCAUGGAGUCGGACUUUUCGCCGGGCGGUGGGAACAUCGCGUCAGUUUCCGAUUCGGACUUCGGCUUCGCGUUUAACGACAGCAACUUCUCUGAUCGGGUUCUGAGAAUCGAAAUCGUUCCGGAUUUGCCGGAUACCAAGUCGGACGGCGAGGGUUGUAGCAGUAUUGCGGAGUGGGCUCGGAAUCGGAAACGUAGACGAGAAGAAAUCAAGAAAGAAAAUGAUUUUGGUUUUGAAAGGUUUGUAUUUGUUAUCGAUGUAUGUAAAAUUAGGGCUUUUUUGAGAGUCAGUAGCAGAAUUGGGCAUAGGAGUGAUUGCAAAUUGCAAUUGGAUACCAGCUACUUUUUAGAUAUUGGAAUACGAUACAUGGAACUUCAUAUUGAGAACACAGAUAAUCUGUGUUCUCAAUAUGAAGUUCCAUGUAUCGUAUUCCAAUAUCUAAAAAGUAGCUGGUAUCCAAUUGCAAUUUGCAAUCACUCCUAUGCCUUAGAAGUCAUUAAAGAACAAAGGUAA